UGCUGCACGGCUUCCUUCGAUGUGUUGGUAACUCCGGCUGGCAUACGUUAGUACAGCUGAAAAUCUUGGCCAGCAGAGUUUAUUUUCUGCCAGUGUCUCGAUAAAUACGAGCGGCGAGCGCACCCAAAUCCGAAACCUGUCCUGUCUGCAGUCACCGUGCGGAAGCGCCUCCCAGUUGCCCCCCGAAAGAACACUGGACUGCCUUCGCCAUAUGGUACGGACCGUCACCGGCGCUCGUCCCAUUCAGCAAACGUCGGCCAACUCGGAUCGGAAUUCCGCUGCGGUCGCGAGCCCGAUGAAAAGAUAAUAAAUCAAUAUCAGCAGCAGCAUGCCACGUAAUGUUAGCCGUGCGACCAUCAACCAGGACUGCUGCGAUUUGCUGAGAAGUGCCGUCGUUGGCGGUGUCCUGCGGAACUAGGAAGUUGUUUGGAGAAGGAAUUGAACGGAAGGUUUAGAUCAAAGUCGAUUAAGGGAAAUUGUUGCGGUUUGGAAUUGGACGGAGGGUGCAAAGUCUAGAGGACUGACUCUCUUCGGUGGUUGGGAGGAAAUUUCCCGACUAUUAAUACAACAGCUCAAAGCGUCUCGAAAUGACGUCAACGUUGCAGCACAUGGUCAGGUUGGUUCUACCGGGAAUCGCCCUCCUGUUGGCACUCUCCCGGACCAUCCUGGCCGCUAGUCAACCGCACAAUGUGAUAUACGCCAUCAAUGCCGGCGGAGAUGCGCACGUGGAUUCGUACGGAAUCAAGUACGCCCGGGAUCCCCUGAUGGGCAAGGUCGGGACGGAGUCCGACUACGGCAAGCAGCUGUUGAUGAUCAACCGCGUGAAGCCCAACGACGAGCUGCUGUACCAGACGGAGCGUUACCAUCACGAUACCUUCGGGUACGAACUUCCGCUGGCCGGAGACGGCGAGUACGUGUUGAUUUUAAAGUUUUGUGAAGUUUACUUCAACGCUCCAAACAUGAAGGUCUUCGACGUGGUGCUCAACAACCGCCACAUGGUCGUCACAGACCUGGACAUCUUCUCGCUCGUAGGCCGAGGAACCGCCCACGAUGAGUACGUGUACUUCACCGUGUCCCGCGGCAGACUGUACUUCAAGGAAGAAGACUCUGAGAUCCGAGGCGGCAAGGUGAAGCUGGAAUUCCUCAAAGGCUACAAGGACAACCCGAAGAUCAACGCCAUCGUGCUGAUCAAGGGCUACGACGAGUCGAGUUUGCCUCGCUUAUCGCCACAAGCCAGCGAACAGCAGCAGAUCCCGGAACCGCUCGGAGAUCUGCAAAACAACGGAGCCGCCAGUGCCUCCACCGGCUCACCCAGCUCCGCCGACGGAGACGCCCAGACGGACUCAAAGUCAAAGAAUCGAAAAACCAGCGGUCCCAAACAGCCCAAUCCGUACUCCCUGGACGAGUCGUCCAUGAUGCUGCCGGUGUUCAUCGCGAUCGGCGCGUUCAUCCCGCUGUUGUUUUGUCUUUGUCGACUGUGAUUUUAUUGCAAGCAAGCUCAUCUUGGUUUUAUCCUAAGUACCGUAGUUAUAGCCGACGUCGGCGCGCCGUUCCCGAUUCGAACGAAACCGGUCCGAAUCCAGAACCCGACGACGACGACGGCCGGUUUGUUGAGAUAUUUUUAACUAAGGUAAUAGAAAUUCUUCUUGGGUUUUCAUUUGAUAUUCGGGGGCACAUUGGUUUACUUAAAGUACCUUGCCAGGGCCGGGACAUGGGUUGAGGUUGGGUAGACAUUUCGGAACUAAAAUAAAAAGGGAAUAAAAUUGUGCAUUUUAAGAGCCGAGGCUUGAAAAUAGGUGUGUUUGUUCCAAUAUAAAUAAUUGUAAAUAGCUCAGAGGAAUAUCGAUAGACGAGUUAGGAUUUUAAACAACAAACAUCAUUGUUUUCCGGCAGCUCAAACCAGUAUCUGUGUGUGUUUGUGUAACAGCAGCAACAACCGUGUCAGAUUCCUAAACUUAGUUUGAAAACAAAACAGCCAGCGGAAUUUUAUAUGAGUUACUUAAAAAAAAAAAACAAUACAAAACUUAGACACUUAAUUGAAAUGCUCAAAGUUACGUUGUUCAUAACUUCUAGUAGCGCACAAAACACUAAUUUAUUCCGUUUGCCGCCCUGUAAGAGACAGAGAGAGACGCAGUACUUAGUUUGUAAGGGUUGAUCUUUUGAAACUAAAGUAAAAUACAAUUACCAAGAAAAAGACUAAUCCUGCGCGGUGUGAUGCAUGCAGUGUGGGAUAUAUUAUAAUUUGAUGACUAAAGAAGAAGAAAAGUAAACAUCCUUUGUUGUUGAAGAAAACACUUUAAAGUCUUAAGUAAAUGAGUAGCAACUGAGAAAACGGUAAACUAAGAAUAAACCUCUAGCGCACUUAUCGAUAAGCAAAAUGAUGGCGAAAAUAAAAGUUUGAUGAAUUGAGCAUA